ACAAAAUUUCAGUUUCGCGCGACAUUUUAAUCGCAGUGAGUCGCGAAACAUGAGUUUUGCAUGUUGUAAUUUUGCACACGCGGGUGUCAUGGGCAAUAAGGGAAAAUCUCUCUUGUUCUGGCGGAUGCGCCAAACAUUUGUCGCUCUGGGGCCAUUCCUAUUAACAAUCAGCGUGGGGCUCGCGGAAGGCUACUCCGCAGUUUUACUUCCUCAACUCGAAAGAGGAAGCCCAUGGGAAAUCACCGAUGAACUAUCCUCAUGGAUAGCGUCUAUCACGACAUUGCCGAUGUCGUUCGGUUGCUUAUUGGGAGGAGUUUCCAUGGAAAUCGUGGGUAGAAAAUCAUUGUUUAUCAUAACUAGCUUGAUUAACGUAUUCGGCUGGCUCCUGAUUGCUUUCUGCGGCCAGAGCAUCGCAAUGCUAUUAGCUGGAAGGUUCAUAACAGGCCUGUGCGUCGGUAUUAUCAGUGCCGUCAUAAGCGUCUUUGUAGCGGAAACAUCUGAUCCUGAGUCCAGGGGAUUUUUGUUAGGUAUUGGCACAUCAGCGGUUAACGUAGGCAUCGCGGCAGCUCAUGUCUUGGGGACUUAUCUAGAAUGGCGCAUGGUGGCUGUCCUGUCAUGCGCGUUUCCGAUUUCGUGCUUUGUUGUUAUGCUGUUCGUACCGGAAUCGCCCACGUUCUUGAUUAAACGCGGAAAACUCGAAAAGGGCAAAGAAGCUUUUUAUUGGUGCAGAGGUCAUGGUGCUGCCGCUGAAUUAGAACUUUCCGAACUUAUAAGUAGACACCAAGCGCAAUCGUGUCUACCGAAGAUGUCCAUCAGCAGCUCGAUCAAAUCCUUCACAAAACCCGAGCUCUACAAACCGUUACUGAUACUGAUAGUAUUCUUUACUACCAUGCAAUGGUCAGGAAACAACCCAAUAGCGUUCUACACCAUCAACAUUUUGGAGCAGCUGUUGAAAGGAAGAAUCGAUUCGUACACCUCCAUGUUUUUCAUGGACGCGACCAGAGUGAUAGCGUCGAUCAUGGCUUGUUUCUGUCAGCGAUACUUGGGUCGAAGGUCGUUAAUGAUUUUUAGUUGCCUCGGAACGUUUCUAUCGCUUCUGACUUUAAGCACCGUUUCUUUCCUGGCGCUUACUUAUACCACGAUCUACGAGAAGUACAUGUGGAUAUCGGUCACUGCGUUGGUGGCGUACAUGUUCUUCACCAAUGUCGGAUUGGUGCCUUUGCCGUACUCGAUGAUAGGCGAAUUGUUUUCGCAACGCACUAGAGGUUUGGGGAGCGGAACCGCCACCUUCUACAACAUGAUAUUGAUGUUCGUUAUCGUUAAAAUUACUCCAUUUUUGUUUAAGAGUCUCGCAUCGGAAGGAGCGUUCCUAUUGUUCGCCGGUUCUUGCUUCGUCGGCAUGGUAUUGUUGAUAUUUAUACUUCCAGAGACGAAAGCUAAACCAUUGCACGAAAUUGAAGACAAUUUUAGAAAUGUCAGCAAUAAAACGAAACAGUGUAUUUCAAGGACACUUUAAUAAGGUGUGUGCAUAAAUCGUUUAUGAUAUCCGGCGUGAUACUGUAGUUUGGACUAUUCGAAUGGAGAAAGAUAAAAAACGAAUGUAGCUGCUGUAGUGACUGAAUAAGUUGAGAAAGUAAUGUAUAUGUACAACAGAAAUAGUAUAUUGUGGAACAAGUUUAAGAUGACUCUUUGCUGUGCAAAGAUAGUUUUCCUAAGAAAAUAAAUAUAAAAAUGUGAUUUGAGUUAUUUAAUUCUUUCAACUUUAAGAUAAGUCUGUGAAACGUCUUCAACGCAAACAGUUUUCACGCUCUUACGUCACUAUAAUGUGUUUAAUAAUUGUAAUAAUAUAAUAUUGUAUUAAGAUUUGUAGCGGUUCAGUUUAGUAAAAUAAAAAAUAUAUUAUACUGCUUCCUUUUAUGAACAAUAUAACAACAUUUAAGAUCCCACGUAGUUAAAAGUGCUUUAUUUUUAAAGUGUAGAACGACUUUGAAAUAAACUUCAUUUUCUUUUAUUACUUUAUAUCUGGGAAUAGGAACUGACAUACGAUAUCUACUUAAAUAUAGCGAGUGUCUAGAUAAAGGCAACGAGUAAGUAGAUCAGUCAAGAGAAAAACUUGGAAAUUAUUUCAGAGUUUCAGAAAUCGCCACCAAGGGAAGUAAUUAUUAUGUUGAAUGCUAAACCUCGACUUUUACGAAAAUUUCUAAUGUUAACCAUAGUAAAGUGAGCUUGCUCUACCUCUGCAAGGAAAGUGUCUCCAGUUUUCAGUUUUUAUGAAAGCCGCAUUUCAAUAUCUUUAUGUUAACCUAAAAUAUAACAUUUAACACUAAAGAAAAAGUAGAUUAUGGGAAAAGAUGCUACUUGACGUGAUACUGUUAACGUCUAAUUAUUAUGUUUAUCACUUUUUUUAUACCUUCGAAGGGCAUCAAAUUAUCACAUGUUAAGUUUUGAGUUUUAAAAUUCAAGAUAACAAUUAUUCAAAAAAUUGUAUAAUAAUUUUCAACAUUUUUUCUUGGUUGAUUUCCCUAAACAGUAAUUUGUAAUAUAUUACGCUUAAUAUUCUGUUAUAAAAUUUAUUCAAUAAGUUUUUAUCAUUAUUCUAAAUAGAUAUUAUUUAUAGCAAUAUGUUAUUGUAAA